UGUUGCUUGACGUUAACCACAUCAUCAUUCAUCUCAUCAUAGUCUUAAACGAAUGGAGUGAAGUAAAUAUACUUAACUGUGGUAGAUAAACUCAACUGUGUAUUGCGAACGUAAAAUGCCAGCUAAUAAAAAAAAAAGUAAAAUUUGGAAUUAUUUCAAGAAAAAUGAUAAUGACAAGGAAGCGGUUUGUAAAUUUUGCAAUAAAAACCUGAGAACGUCAGGUAAUACUUCUAAUAUGCGGAGUCAUCUAGAAAAGGUACAUCCAGAGUUUAUUCAGGAUCUAGUAGCAGAGGAGCCAGUUCAAAAGAAAAAUAAGACAUGUGAUGACAUAAACGAAGACGUUCAAACUGAACAACCCAUAGCAAGUACUAGUACUUCUGCGGAUGUCGAUUCCAAUUAUAUUCCUGAUACAGUCAGUUAUUUUAAUAGCAGUUCAAGUGAUACAAAAAGUAUACAAAAAUCUCAAAAACAACAAAAUGUCAAAGAUUUAUUUAAUAAUAUUAAAAGCAUAUCAAAUGUUGAAGGUAACAAACAUAAAAAAGUCACUGAAUCAAUUGUGAAUUUCAUCAUCAUGGACCAUAAACCGUUUUCAGUUGUAGAAGGAAAGGGAUUUACACAACUAAUGAAGGAAGUUAUGCCUUUGUAUAAAAUCCCUUCAAGAGAAACAUUUAAAAAACGUAUAGACGAAAAAUAUGAGGCCAUGUCAGAAGUUUUCAAAAAAUAUAUAAAAGAAGCAAACCAUUACUGUAUUACAUAUGACAUAUGGACUGAGACAAUGCAAAAUAAGUCAUUUAUUGGAGUCACCAUACACUUUUUAGAAAAUUCUAAACUUACGAGCGGAUCUCUGGGAGUUUUUGAACUAUUUGAAAGACAUACAGCUGAAUACGUACAAAAGAGACUUACAGAUAUUUUCCAGGAAUGGAAUAUUUCAACUGAUAAAGUAACUGCUGUAGUAACUGAUAAUGACAGCACGGUUAUAAAAGUAAAUAAAGAUAUGUUUGGUGAAAAAAAGAUAAUACCUUGUUUUGCUCACACCGUGAAUUUAGUUGUCAUGAAUUCAUUGGAUAAAUCUAAAAUUGCAUCUACGAUCAUAAGCAAAGUACGUGAAAUUGUAAAAUUCAUAAAACGCAGUGUCAAUGCUAGUGACGAACUGCGCAAAAAGCAAAGGGAAAAUGGAACGAAGGAAGGCCAGACAAAGAAACUAAUACUUGACGUUCGUACGCGAUGGAAUUCCACAUAUUAUAUGUUGGAACGUUUUAUGGACUUAGUUGCAAUGAUUGGCGCGAUAUUGUUAUGUCGUUCAGAUGCGCCACCAAUGGUAACUUCAAGCGAAGUAGGCUGUCUGCGCGAAAUUAUUCAACUCUUGCAACCCUUUGAAAGAUUGACAAAAGAAAUUUGUGGGCAAAAUUAUAUUACAGCGAGUAAAGUCAUUCCUCUCGUAAGCUGCUUACGGGAUAUGUUAGAAAAAUAUUCACCAUCAUUUGAAAGCACCCUGUCAUUAAAAGCAGAAAUUGAAAAGGAAGUUUCAAAGAGAUUUGACAAAUUAGAGCAAUGUUCAUCGUUGGCUAUUGCUACUGCCUUAGAUCCUCGUUUCAAGCUAAUUCAUUUUAAAGAUGCUACUGCGAAGGGAAAAGUUAUAAAUUACAUAAACAAUUAUUUACUGAGUAAUUUAAAUAAUGCAGCAAGUGAGUCUUCUGAUGAAUCGGAAAAAGGCGAUAACGAAGGCGACAUAUGGAGCUAUCAUAAAGUAUUGACGCAUAACAACAUUAAAAAUAAAACGAAAGAUAAAACUAAAGCAGAAACAGAAUUUCAUAUGUACAUGUCAUCACCUGUUACUCCUGUAAAGGGAGAUCCUUUGGAGAUGUGGGAUGACAUGAAGGGAUUAUUUCCCGGACUUCAUGGCCUAGCUAUGAUCUAUUUACUUAUAGUGGCAACUUCGGUACCCAGUGAGCGGUUAUUCUCAGAAGCUGGAGCUACAAUUACCCAGGAGAGGAACCGUUUACUGGGCACCAGGUUGUCAAAAUUGUUAUUUUUAAAUUCUAUUUUAAGGAAAUAAGUAAAAUAAAAACUAUGCUUGAUUAA